AUGGAAAAUGCAUCCUAUUUUGUGCACUUGCUCAGCUGGUGGGAACACAGGAAUGACUCGAAUGUUUUAUCUGUUUUCUUUGAGGAUAUGAAAGAUGAUUUAGAAAGUGUAGUUAGGAUGAUUGCGGCAUUUAUAGGAAUUCAGGAUGAAGAAAGGAUUAAGAAUGCUGUCAGAAUGAGCUUCCUUGAAUUUAUGAGGGAGAAUAAGGGAAAGUUUCCGGGCGUACGCUAUGCGCGUUAUCGGAAUAAAGCUUGUGGGGUACCUGAUAAUGCUGUACCCAGUAAGGUUGUCACAGGAUCUGCCACGAAAGGACGAGAGUUGAUGGAUGACAAAACUAAAGAAAUUAUUCAGGCAAAGUGGCUGGAAGUCGUUGGGAAACAAACUGGAUUUCAGGAUUACAAUGAGUUGAGAAGUGCAUUCAAAAAAGAAAAGAAAAAUUGUUGUUGA